CCCAAACAUAGUUUUAGAACACGUCAUUUCCAAGAUGGUUGUGGUCCAAUUUCUGUGUCUACAAAUUCUUCCUGAUUUCUGCAAGUUUUAUUCUUCAUUCUCAGUCACUACACCGCUCCACGUAUCCAGACGUAUUUCUGGCGCGGUUUUAUAGUUGGAAAGGCGAGAGAAGUGUGAUUCCAAGACGUCGAAGUGGCGAGUUCUGUGGGCUAUUUUUGGUUGUUUUGGAGUUGUUGGCUGGCAGCCCAGUAUGGCGGGUGUGUGGCAGAGGCCGUGUUGGCGGAUGUUGUUCAGUACUGCCGUCCUAGUCAGGUCCUUCCACGUCUGUAUAACGACUGGGGUGGUGUCAUUAUUGUUCUUUAAGGACACGGCUCUAAGACAACAGUUGAUAUCAGGUGACUACCUGGUACCAUGUAUAUACAUGGCCCUGGUGUUCCUGAGUUUAGUGCUGUAUGCAGUGGUGUGCUCCAUGGACCCUGGAUUUGUCAGUCUCACAAACAACAAGAAUGCCAUCAGGAAAGGACAACAGUGUGUGGAGUCCAACAGUGAGGAAGAUGACAGUGUCUCUGCUACAGAAACAAGUGUAAUGAUUGAACCAGACAUUGGUCUGAAACCCAGAGUCAAGCUCAGGAACUGUGGGUUUUGUGGCAUACAGCAACCCAUCCGAGCCAAGCACUGUGAGCUGUGUGGGUUCUGUAUCCACCGGUUUGACCACCACUGUCCGUGGUUCGAGACGUGUAUCGGGGAGAGGAACCACAGGUUCUUCUGGAUCUUCUUAUUGGUGGAAACCUCGCUGGUGGGAUGGACUGUCCACCUGGUCUGGACUGCAUUUGUGUAUGAAGAGAGCUGGACCAGCUGGUUUGUGUCGAACGGGCUGUACCUGGUGGCCAUGUUUGUGCUGGUGCUGGGAGGUACAGCCACCUUCCUCCUGGUGGCCUCACACACCUACCUGAUCGGCAUCAACCUCACCACAUGGGAGUUCAUGUCAAGACAUAGGAUCACGUACCUGAAAGACUAUCACGGAGAUGAGAACCCAUUUGACGAGGGCUUGCUGAAGAACCUGUGGAAGUUCUUUCUGCACCUGCGACUGAAGGACUGGGAGUUGUACCUGAUGAACAGGCCAGCUAAAACACUGGGCAGGGCAUAGGCACGUGGGCAGGGUACCACUAGGUGCUGUACCAUGUGUUCUAAGUAGGGUGUGAAAACCCCAGUACACUUUGUACUGCAGGGAGUUUAACACCCCUUCAGAACUAACCUGGAUGAACUUUAACUUGACCUUAAAUGUAUUUUAGGUCAGACAAAAUCAGGACAUAAACCAGACCAUACAAAAAGGCGAUUAGAGCGUUGGACUUGGAACCAAUAGGUCCCAGGUUCACCAUGCCCUGACGUUGUGCCCUUUGGAAAGGCACUUUACACGACUUCCCUCCCUGUACAGUGGAGUAAUGCCAACUGAGCCUCUUACUAGGCUAAUCUGUCAAAAUGUGUGCCAAAUACACACUAUGGAUAUGGUGCGCCAAUGUGCCAACAUCUGCACAUUUGCCACCAAGAGCCGUAAAAAAACCCCAAAAGGUCUACCCCCAGGCCAUGAUCACUUGAUCAUCAUGAGGUUGACUGGGGGGAAUGUCCAGAAAAGUUGGCAAAAUCCCUUGAGACCUACCAACACUACAGCUGUCAGGGAUUUUUAAAAAAGUGCCAUUUGUUUUCAAAUUGAAAACAAAAGGGGGCUGGGCCCUGAACAGGAGGCAGUCUUUCAUGGUGAUCACAUUUUGCCCUUGGCAUACAUACAAUAUGUGAUUUAGAUCUUAAUCCAUGAUCUAGGCAUGUGGUC